AUGACGGAGCAGCUGUCAGUAUUAGCGGAUCGAAUAAUACAUCGUUUAAUGACCGAUCAAUUUUUGGAUGGUUUUUCUGAUCACCAACUGAUCACAAUUAUUGAUGCUGUUUGUAAAAUAUUGCAACCAAUUGGUUGUUUGAUUCAAAUUUCUGCACCGGUUAUUAUUUUCGGUGAUAUUCAUGGACAAUUUGGUGAUUUAAUGCGUUAUUUUAAAAUUGUUGGUACACCACCGGAACAAAAUUUUCUCUUUUUGGGUGAUUAUAUUGAUCGAUGUAAAAAGGGUCUUGAAGUUGUAAUGUUGUUAUUUUGUUUUAAAGUGAAAUAUCCAGACAGAGUAAACCUUUUGCGUGGUAACCAUGAAUGUACAAAAAUGAAUCGAACUUAUGGAUUUUAUCAAGAGUGUAAACGAGUACGAACAACAUCGCUUUGGAAAAUAUUCCAGAAAGCAUUCAAUGAAUUACCACUAUGUGCAAAUGUUAACAAUCGAUUAAUUUGUAUGCAUGGCGGUAUAAGUCCUUUAAUACACGGAUGGCAUUCAUUGAAGAAUUUGAAGAAGCCAAGAAAUCAAGCAGAUUGUGAUUCCGGCUUAGCACUUGAUUUGAUGUGGUCUGAUCCGGAUAAUGAUCCAUGCGCUAAAGGUUUUACACCCAAUAAAAUUCGCAAUGCUUCAUGGAUGUUUGGACAAGAUAUGAUUAAAGAAUGCAUCGCGGCGCUAGAUGUUGAUAUGAUUGUACGAGCGCAUGAAGUAGUAAAAAAUGGUCAUCAUAUCGAUUGUGAUGGUAAAAUUUGUACCGUUUUUUCUGCACCAAAUUAUUGUGGUACCGAUGGUAAUUGUGGAUCAAUUAUGCGUGUUACCGAUGAUCUGAAAAUUUCAUUUGUAACAUUGAAACCAAAAUUAGAUUUACAAAAAUUAAGCGCCGAACAGCUUGCUGAACUUGAAAAACAAAGUCGAUCGAGUGCUGCUAAAAGUCCUAAUCCAGGGACAAAUUUGCUUCCAACGGAAAUAAUUACACCAAUCAAUAAGGGAAAACAGUAA